GGGGGAGCGGGCGCCCCGGCGGGGGUCCCCGCUCCGCAAGGCCGCCCCGCGCCCCGGCGCCACGCGUGGGGGCGCAGCUCCCGCUCGGGCCCGCGCGCUCGGACGCAGGCGCGCGCGGGGCGGGCCGGGUCACGUGCCGCGGCGGCGGAGGGAGGCGGUGGCGGCGGCGCGGCGCUGGCCUGCGCUCGGUGUCCCGGGCGACCCCCCCCCCCCCCCCCCGGCGGCCCGCGCCCGUCCGCCCCCGCCCCCGCGGGCCCCGUGCGCCCCGGCGGCCCCCGCCCUCCCGCGCGCGCUCGUGGCGGCGGCGGUGGCGGCAGGAUUACAUUUUUGGGAGUUGCUGUUUAACCAUGUUUGCCAGUCUGGAAUUACCUGAAGGCCUGUUGCAUGCUGCAAAAUACUGAAGUCGUGGAAUUUGGUUUGGUCAACUGGAAUCCUUCUCAAGUCAUGUGCAGCAGGGUUCUGUCAGGAAACCACUUCUGUUUGUUCUAGUAGACGAACAGCUUGGAUACUGCAAUGGCCACUGUUUUCAAAGCCGCACAGUUUGUCUCGCAGACCCUAACAUUGAGUCACCUGCAUCAUCUUAACGUCUGACAGGCUACCAUUGUUGGAAACAAUGGUUUUGGAUGAUCUACCAAACUUAAAGGAUACAUAUGCCCCCUUGUACUCCUCCACUAUGGAAGACUUAGAAGUGGAUUUUGAUUCAGGACUGGAGGAAGAUGAACUGAAGCAGAAGGCUGCUCCUGAGGAUUCUACGAUCUUUGUAGCUUUUAAAGGAAAUAUAGGUGACAGAGAUUUUGAGCAGAAACUAGAGAUUAUAUUGGAGAAUGUCCCUGGCCUUUUACACAUGGAAUCCAACCAGUUAAAACUGCAGAAGAUAGAGCCUUGGAACAGUGUCCGCGUUACCUUCAAUAUACCCCGUGAAGCUGCUGAGCGGUUGCGAAUUCUGGCUCAAAAUAAUAACCAACAGCUCCGUGACCUGGGAAUACUCUCGGUUCAGAUUGAAGGGGAAGGUGCUAUCAAUUUAGCUUUAGCUCAAAACAGAAGCCAAGAUGUCCGGAUCAACGGGCCCCUGGGAGCGAGCAACUCCAUGCGAAUGGAAACAGGGUUUCCCAUGCAAGGGGGACAAGGUUUAAUAAGAAUGAGCAACGCUGCAGCUGUCAUGAUGUCCCAGAGUGGAAGUGUGCCCUCCUCUAUGGUGGCAAGUGGUGCUAGUACUGAGCUGCAGCCAAGAACACCUCGGCCUUCCUCACAGCCAGAUGCAAUGGACCCACUUUUAUCUGGGCUAAAUAUCCAGCAGCAAAAUCAUCCACCUGGAUCUUUAGCUCCCCAGCUCCAUUCAAUGCAGUCAGUUCCUGUAAACAGGCAGAUGAACUCAGCCAACUUUCAGCAGCUACAGCAGCAGACGCAGUUGCAGACACGUCCUCCCCAGCCACAUCAGCAGCCACAGCAGGGUAUUCGACCUUCAUUUACUUCACCAGCACAAGUUCCAGUUCCCCCUGGCUGGAACCAGCUUCCUUCUGGAGCAAUUCAGCCUCCUCCAACCCAGGGAGCGUUGGGUACAUUGACAGUAAACCAGGGUUGGAAAAAGGCCCCAUUGCCUGGACAAAUGCAGCAGCAACUUCAAGCAAGACCACCUCUAGCAACAGUACAAACUCCUACUCAUCCUCCACCUCCAUAUCCUUUUGGAAGCCAGCAAGCUUCCCAGGCUCACUCAAACUUUCCCCAAAUGAGCAAUCCUGGCCAGUUUACUGCUCCUCAAAUGAAAAGCCUUCAGGGGGGGCCCUCACGGGUUCCUACACCACUACAACAACCCCACCUGACCAGCAAGUCUCCUGCUUCCUCUCCCUCCUCCUUCCAGCAGGGAUCUCCUGCAUCAUCUCCAACAGUUAACCAGACGCAGCAGCAGAUGGGACCAAGGCCUCCCCAGAGUAGCACACUUCCCCAGGGAUUUCAGCAGCCUGUUAGUUCUCCUAGUCGUAAUCCUAUGGUGCAACAGGGGAAUGUACCCCCCAACUUCAUGGUGAUGCAGCAGCAAAACCAAGGUCCACAAGGUUUACAUCCUGGUUUAGGAGGAAUGCCUAAGCGCCUCCCCCCAGGGUUCCCUGCAGGCCAGGCUAACCAGAGCUUCAUGCAAGGUCAGGUGCCUUCCACAGCUCCAGGAACACCGGUGAGCAGCGGAGCACCGCAGCUGCAAACUAGCCAAAAUGUGCAGCACACAGGUGGCCAAGGAUCUGGACCUCCUCAAAAUCAGAUGCAAGCACCACAUGGCCCACCUAAUAUGAUGCAGACCAAUCUAAUGGGACUUCACGGAAAUAUGAACAACCAGCAGGCUGGUGCUAGUGGGGUGCCACAAGUUAACAUGGGCAACAUACAGGGGCAGCCUCAGCAAGGACCACAGUCUCAGCUUAUGGGAAUGCAUCAGCAAAUUGUAUCCUCUCAAGGACAGAUGGUAAAUAUUCAGGCUCAGGGAUCGCUGAACCCUCAAAACCAGAUGAUACUUUCUCGAACUCAGCUCAUGCCGCAAGGCCAAAUGAUGGUGACACCACAAAACCAAAAUCUUGGUCCUUCUCCCCAAAGGAUGACCCCACCCAAACAGAUGAUUCCCCAGCAGGGACAACAGAUGAUGUCUACACACAGUCAGAUGAUGGGACCUCAGGGCCAGGUCUUGUUACAGCAAAACUCAAUGAUGGAACAGAUGAUGACCACUCAGAUGCAAGGAAAUAAACAACCUUUUAGUACUCAAAAUCAGUCCAAUGUUAUGACGGGGCCAGCUCAACUGAUGAGAGGACCAACCCCAAACAUGCAAGGAAACAUGGUGCAGUUCACUGGGCAGAUGAUGGCACAGCAAGGCCCUGUGAAUGGUAAUCCUUCUCAGGUUAUGGGAAUUCAAGGGCAGGUUUUAAGACCCACUGGACCUGGUCCUCACAUUUCUCAGCAACUUGGGGACACUACUACUACAACAAGUAAUGAUGUGAACUUGACACAGAUGUUGCCCGAUGUUUCUGUGCAGCAGCCAAACAUGGUGCCUUCUCAUAUGCAAGCAAUGCAAGGAAACAACAAUGCUUCAGGGAGUCAUUUCUCUGGUCAUGGGCUCCCUUUCAGUACAGGGUUUAGUGGAACGCCAAAUGGGAAUCAGAUUUCCUGUGGGCAGAAUCCUGUUUUUCCUGUCAAUAAAGAUGUUACACUCACAAGUCCGCUCUUGGUUAACCUUCUACAAAGCGAUAUAUCGGCAGGACACUUUGGUGUGAACAACAAACAAAAUAAUCAGAAUGCCAACAAGCCGAAGAAGAAGAAGCCUCCAAGGAAGAAGAAAAAUAAUCAACAACUAGAACAAACAGCUUCUUCAGAACCGCGUCCAGCUGGCCUGGAGGAGAGUGAUCAGUCAUCAAUGUCUGGAGAACAAGGAGUGAAUUUAGAUAAUUCAGGCCCUAAACUUUCAGAUUUCGCAAGUAGGCCACCAGGUUAUCCAUCUCAGGCAGUGGAACAAAGACCACUUCAGCAGAUGCCACCUCAACUAAUGCCACAUACCCAGCAGCCACAACAGCAGCUGCAGCAGCCACAGCCACCACCCCAGCAAGCCCAGGCACCACCACAGACACCGCAGCAGCAGCAGAUGAUGAUGAUGCUUAUGAUGCAGCAGGAUCCCAAAUCGGUCAGACUCCCCGUACCACAGGGAGUUCACCCACCUAGAGGGCCUCUGAAUCCAGAUGCUCAGCGAAUGCCCCUGCAGCAGAGUGGUAACAUACCAGUAAUGGUUAACCUCCAAGGUCCUGGAUCCGUGCCUCCGUCUCCUGAUAAACAAAGAAUUUCCUUACCAGGCAAUCCUCCCCUGGGAAAUAAUGCAAGAAAAAUGGUUUAUCAAGAUAAUGUACAGAAUCCUUCCAGCUCACCCCUUGGAGAGGUUUCAUCAGUAUCCUCCCUUCCAGAAGGAGGUGGAGCUGAAGGCCCCCCAGCAUCAGGAGCUCAGAAUAAUUUGACAUCUCAUUUAGUGGUUUCACAGAACCAGUUAAUGAUGACUGGACCCAAACCUGGCCCAUCCCCACUUUCAACUGCUCAAGGUGCAAGUCCCCAGCAGCAGUCUAAUUCUCUGCCUAGCACUCUUACACACCAUUUUCCAAAUGUUGCCACCCCAUCACAAACUUCAAGGCCUAAAACCCCAAACAGAGCAAGCCCAAGGCCAUACUAUCCUCAGACUCCUAAUAACCGUCCACCUAGCACGGAACCAUCAGAAAUUAGCUUGUCUCCAGAAAGACUCAAUGCUUCUAUAGCUGGUCUGUUCCCUCCCCAGAUUAAUAUUCCUUUACCUCCCAGGCCUAAUAUCAAUAGAGGAUUUGAUCAGCAGGGUCUUAAUCCCACUACUUUGAAGGCCAUUGGACAGGCCCCAUCAAAUCUCACAAUUAACAAUCAGUCUAGUUUUGCUGCACCACAGCCACACAAAUUGGAAGGUGUGGUCGUUAAUUCAGCAAAACAAACCAACACUGGAGGAACAAAGAGAGCAAGUCCAAGCAAUAGUCGAAGGUCCAGUCCCGGAUCCAGCAGGAAAACUACACCAAGCCCUGGCAGACAGAAUUCAAAAGCAGCUAAAUUAUCACUGACAGCUCAGCAGAAUCCAUCUCUCUUGCAGAACAUGGAAUUACAAAGAAAUAUGAUGGCUGGUCCCUCUUCUUUGUCAACGCCUGUGACUACAAGCUUUCAAAAUAAUAUGCUAAGUAAUCAGAAUCCUGCAAUUUCUGCACCUGCUAUGACUGGCAUUCCUGAGGACAAUAAAGAGAGCCUUAGCAUGCCUCAGGAUAAUGAGUGUCAAAGUGUACAAGGUGUCCAAGGUAACAAAGACCAGCCUGGUAUUGAAUUAAAAGGUAUCCCUGCUCCAGAAAUGAAAAUGUUGGUUCCAGAAGAACAGUCAAAAAAAGACGGGCAGGCCUCGGAGACCAGUAAGCUUCCAGUCUUGGAGGAAAGUAAAUCUAUGGUAUCUCCUGCUAUGAGGGAGGCACCAACUUCUUUAAGUCAACUUCUUGAUAAUUCUGGAGCUCCUAAUGUAACCAUUAAGCCCCCUGGUCUUGAAAUGGCACCGAUAGUCACCACUGGUGAGGAGCUAAAAAAGGUAGCUGUCAUUCCUCCGAUGCAAGAUUCAUCCUCAAGCAAAGAGCCAUCUAAUUCACUUAGCUUGCCUCAAAAUAAUGAGCCCUGCUCAAAUCCAGGGCACCAGGAACUGGGAGAAAUAAACUCAAACGCUGCACAGAGUGUUCCACCAGUAAUGCAAAGGCCUGUUAGCUCUUCUUCUAUUUCAGGUCCUUUACCCCCCAACCAGAUAACAGUUUUUGUAACUUCAAACCCUAUUACAUCUUCUGCUAAUACGUCAACGCCAUUGCCAUCUCACUUGCAACCCGCAUUAGUGUCAACUGUUGUCACAAUGCCCAAUGUAGGGAACAAAGUUAUGGUUUCUGAGGGACAGUCAGCAGCUCAGUCUAACGCCCGGCCGCAGUUUAUUACUCCUGUUUUUAUAAACUCAUCGUCGUUAAUUCAGGUUAUGAAGGGCUCUCAAUCAAGUACAAUUCCAGCAGCCCCGAUGACCUCUAACUCGAGUCUCAUGCCUCAGUCGGUUGCGGUUGUUGGUCCUUUGCAUAUACCACAGAAUAUAAAGUUCUCCUCUGGGCCUGCUCCUCCCAGCACGUCGUCCAGCAGUCCUGUGUCUAGUAUUCCCACCAGCAGGCCACUGGUUCUUAACCCCUUGGCAUCUCCUAUUCAGCUGCCUUCUCCUGCUGCAACUUCUUCCAGUGCUCCUUUGCAUCUUCCUGCUCAGCAAGUCAAAGACUUCAGCCCGGAGGAGACUUCUCAAAGCGGUGGCUCCGGUGACCAGUGCUCCGUUACAGCAGCGCAGCCCGGACCUGUUGUGUCACCUCUGCUUACGAGUAGUCCAGGGUCUGGGAACAGACGCAGCCCUGUUUCAUCAAGUAAGGGGAAGGGAAAAGUAGACAAGAUCGGCCAACUCUUGCUGACUAAAGCAUGCAAGAAAGUCACUGGCUCCCUUGAGAAAGGGGAAGAGCAGUAUGCUAUGGAUGGAGAAGUAGAAGGUCAGGGACUAGAAACGCUGGUCCCAAAUAGUUUGGGAACCGAGCAAUCACCAGCAGAACUAGAUAAUAAAACUGUGACACCUCCAGCACCCAGUGUUACAAAACAGAGCACUUCUGGGCCUGGCAGUUCGAGUGUCAGCACCAUGGCUGCUGCUCCUGCCUCUGCAUCGCCAAGUGUGGCAGCCAGCACUCCUCCUGCCAGCAUGCUGUCGGCCGGGACCCCCCCUGCCAUGCCGGACCUUGCCCCCAUGGCACCAAGCUCUAAUGGCAGCAAUCACGGCAGUUUGCCGGCUGAGCAAACCGGGGGUGGUGUGCUGGAGGAAAAAGCAGGAGCACAUCAGGAAGUGCUACAAAGUGCAGCAUCCUCUCAACAUUUAACACAGAAAAAAAGUUCAGUUGCAACAUCAGAAAGUACUGUUCAAAGAACAGAACUUGAAACAAAUGCUCCAGUAGUUGCUGGUCAAAGACUUCAGUAAUGGUGGCACCUGUGGAAAGCAGAGCAGACAAUUUAUAAUGCAUCUAAUUUCUUGGUCUUCUAAUGUUGAAAAUAUUCUCUUUGAGGACUUCCCAGUUUUGUAUCCUCUGAUAAUUUUUAAUAGAGAUGGACUAUACUCUGGCUUACUCAGGUCAUUCUUCAUCUGAUAAAACUUCUGGUAUCUCUAGCAUUUCAUAUCUUCAGUGCUAAUAGUCCGGAACUGGUACCUGUGUCGGUCCAUCCUCCAGCUUGUCUGAGUUGCAUAGAAAAACAUAAUUCUUCUUACACUUCAUCAGAAAUAUUUUGUCCCACUUUAUUAGUAAUGAGGCAAAAGAGAAUUGUGAAAAGUCUAAAACUUCAAAUAGAAGAAAUUCAAGAACAGAGGAUUCUGCCGCUUCACAGGAAACUGUAGAGAAUGGACAGCGCAAGAGGUCCUCCAGGCCAGCAUCUGCAUCCAGCACUGCAAAAGGUAAAAUGCACAGCCAUCAUUUCUCUGGAGAGGGCAGGAAGUAACAUGCUUCCCCACAUAAUAACCCUUUCAAUAACUGGCUCAUAACCAUGGUUUACAGCUUGUAAAUGUUGUGUGCUUUUAACUCUAGUUUCAAUGAUUUAGACACAGGUUGGUGUUGAAUUAUUUACCGACGUCUGUGCUGGCAGUAAAGCUUGUAUGAAUUUCCCGUUGUUAAAUUUGUGGAACUUGUUUUCUGCAGUACUCAGUCACAUAGUGUUCAGCGAGCUUGCCUAGUUGAAGUUGAAUUCUCUUGGCAGAAACAUUUUGCCAUUAAAAGGACUGUACUCAAGUAAAAAAGUGACUUUUUUUUUAUUCCCCUGAAGCCUGAAAGACACAAGACAAAUGCUUAAGUCUUCUCAAGUGCACGGUCAGCUCUUGCGAAGCCAAAUGCUGUGGUUCAGGCAUGCUCAGAACGCUGUCUGGAUGGCAGCCUGGAGCAUCGAGGAGUGCUGUGUGCUAGCGCGCAGAGCCUUGGCUGUUUUUUCCGAGAACGCAUGAAAUCCUAAAGUUACAGAUAUUAACCCAUGGCAUUAGCAGCUGCUGAUGUGCCUUAUUUCUACGCAGGUUACAAUCUUUAACAAAGUAUUCAGCAUUUGUGUGAUACAUGUAAUCGUUAUCGGAAUGCACGAUCUGUGGUGCCAAUCUGCAUUUCUGAAGCUAACUGUGUCAGCUCCUUAUGUUUAAGGGUCAGAAAAAUUCUGAUGGACAAAAGUUGUGCGAGAGGGUAGAGAGAGAUCGUCAAGAGGCAACAUUCAACCAAUAUUUUAAAGAUAACAUAGAGAACAAAGAGAUAUAUUAAUAUAGAAUUAUUACAAAAGGAAGUCCAGUUGAAUUCAGCACCCAUUUUCCAUACUGAAGAUACUAAACUUUGAUGGUAAGAAUAUUUGCAUUUUAAGAGUUUCAGAGAAGACUUCCAGCUAUAUGUAAUUGUGCGAUGACUCUUAAAGGUUACACAAAGGGACCUAUAUGUUCUGCACUUUUGUGGCUGCUGAAUUUAGUUAAAUUUACUUCUUGUGGCAGGAUUGUGCAGAAGAAUCUAAGUCUGUAUUGUAAAAAUAAAUUAUCUUUCAUGAUUGUGAAGAAAAGUUUGAAAAAUGUGAAGCCAAUGUAAAGUUGAUUUGGUGAUACUGUCCUGAGUUUGAGGGAAUCUGAAACGUAUGACCUGCCCCACAUACUGUGAUGAAUAAACCUAAAGAUGACAACCAGUGGCACGUCAAAUUCUGAAUAUGUGGGAACAUGGAAGUGCAUCAAAUUGAAAUGAUACCAGAACUCACUUAGGGCUUUUGUAUUGACUGUGUUGUUUACCUCUGUAAGUAAAAUCAUUGUUUUUAAAACAUGCAACUGAAACUGCCACAGCAUCUAAGGGUUUUGCUUGAAAACAUGGGUCCAGCUUACCGUGUAGUGCCCUGGGCUUCGAUUACCUUAUCUCCAUGCAAGCAACUGCCUACUUCUAAGUUGUAGAGAAAAUGAGCAAAACAAGGCUUUCUUAUGGAAGAGGGCAGGCUGGAGGAUUAGUGAGGCAGCUGAAGGAGUGUAACGAGGUCUGCCACUUGUGCCUACUCUGUUCUACAUUUUCAUUAGUGAAUCAUAGCGUAAGAAAGCACAUUUGUUUUGUGUGUCCUGGCCUCCUUGUAGACAUCUACGGUUAUGUUAUCUGUGUCUUGAAAAACUUGCUAAUCCAUGUUAAAGAGAAUGUGGAACUGGGGGGAAUUACCUUUUGAGGUGGAGGCUGAUUAAGGUUGUUAUAAAAACAGCAAUUAGGAAAAACCUAAAUAUAGCAAGGAGAGAGAAAUAGACUUUGGCCAGUUUAUGUAGUAAUUCCUUUGCUAAGCAUCAGGAAGGAAGGAGGCAGAAGGAUAACCGUAAGAGGGGAGGGCACGCUGAAAGCCAGCCCUUGUCCACAUGUACGCAGCAUGCUGCAGCGUGCAAGGUUUAGGUAGAAGCAGGCAAGGGGGGUACUGGUGAUGCUCACAAGGUGCUGGGGACUGGGACAGGUGCUGACCACUGACAUGUUCAUUCUCCCAAACACGGAGACUUCAGCAGCAGCAGCAGGGAUGGCUCCAGCUAAUGCUGCUGCUGACCAAGCUACCUAAAGUAGCGUUGCUGCUUGGAGGGAGCUGGGGUGACUGGAAGUCAUGCCUGUUAAGGUGUUUCACUUCUGAAAACUGGUACUGUAUUGGAUUUUCACUUUUUGGAGUAUUUUUCCAGCAAGGGCUGUUUCAGCAUUUACUGCAGCUUUGAGUAUGUUAAAAUUUGAAAUGUUGAUUUUUUUAAUAUUUUUUUAAAAAAAUACGACAUUUCACAGCCAUGGAGUUGUACUGUUGCUUUUCUAGUUUUGGAUGUCAUGGAAAUUUUUUCCCUUUUGAUUCUUAAAAUACACACAGCUCUAAUAGCUUUUGGAAAAUAUUGUGAAGAGCCAAAGAUACAUUGCCAACAUUUAAAAUCACAUUUUUAAAAAAUCUGAAGAUGCAAAUACCCUUGGUACUUAUUCUUUUCCUUUUUUGUUUUGAAAUGGAAGCUUAGUGCCUUGGUAAGUGCACUGAAAAUGUCAUCUGCUUUUGCUGUCGAUUCUGCAAGUGCUUCUGGUUGUUCUGCUGCAGUGCUGUAUAGUAUUUUGUAUCUUUCUGCAUAAGCUGUUUUUCUGUGAAUCGUAAUGUACACUGAAGAGACUUGUUUUCUAAUGACCUGAAUUUCCAAGGACUCAAACAACUAGAUUCUUAACUUGCAUGGAAGCCUCCAAAGUAUCUUCCUAAGUUGUUGGUUUUUUUAUAACGCCGUCUCUGUGACGCUUGGGUCUGACUGACGUAGUUUGUGCCCUGCGCUGUCCCGCUGUUGCACGGAGACUUCCUUCUGUGGUAUGGCUGAGCAAGUGGGAAUGUGGGAAAUGAAAGUUAAAGAGCAGUUGAAAAUGCACCGCUCUUAUUUUUAAGGCGGUUAUAUUAGGACUUCGUAAAUGUUAAACUCACAGCUCUGGGAGAUAGUGCCCUGACAGAAGCUAGGGGGAACUUUGUGCUGUAUCGCUGCCGACAGCUGUCGUCAGUGGAGAGGGUCCAUUUGUGUUACGUCCUGUGAAGAGUCACUCCCAGGUCUGUGGAAAUCCUGAUCUUCAGAGGUUUCCACUCUGGUGUGACGUUGGAAAAAUAAAAGGGCAGUCUGUGCACCUCUGGUGAAUGGCUUACCGACUUCGUAUCCACGCUUUUUUUCUUCUCUUGCUUUCAGAAACGAGUGCCAGUGCAAUGCAGUCAAAAAGAAGAAAAUCCAAGUAAAUUACUGCAUGGAAACAUGAAACUUGUAAAUAAGUGUGAAUUUACCAAUAGCAAUUUUGAGCUGUGAUUUUUCUUUUUUUAAAUAAAAUUCUGUACAGUAAGUCAUUUUAAUAUUAUACUGUUCCCAAUAAAUGAUUUUUUUCUAAGAAACAAAUAGAUAUAAAAACUGGGUUCUUUUAAAACCCCCUGGAUUUACAAAGUGAAGUCCAGGGUUAGCACAUUAGGUUAAUGUGUUUGUAUGAAAUGGAAGGGGAGAGGAAGACAAUUUGUAAAUGUAUUUGUUUCCACUUUUCAUAAACAAAUUAGAAUACAGGGUUGUCAUUUUUAGGUAUUAAAAUAAUGUAUUGUGCUGUUGUUUAAGUACUGUAUGUGAAUAGCAGUAAGGGGGUUUAUAAACAAACCCAAUCUUGUUUGGAAAUGUAAAUAAUUUUAUUAUAUAGUAGAUCUGAUGUAUUUGUUGUAGAAAUGGACCAGUGAAACAAAAAAUAAAUAAAUUUAAGGGUUUGUAUAAUGUGGAAUCCCUCAUGCUCUAAAUAAAUGUUAUUGUCCUAUAA